AUGGCGGACCGGAACAGGGAGGCGGACGAGGGCGGCGAGGCUCUUGAUCCGGAGCAGCUCUACUCCAAGGAGUAUUGCAUCGGCGGAGGAAGCUUUGGCAAAGUCUACAAAGGUGUCGACAAACGAACCGGCCAUGCCGUCGCCAUCAAGAUCAUCGACAUCGAAAACGCCGAGGACGAGGUCGAGGACAUUAUCCAAGAGAUUGCCAUUCUGUCGGAGCUGCAGUCGCCCUACGUCACAAAGUACUACGGCUCCUAUGCCAAGGGUGCCGAGCUGUGGAUCGUCAUGGAGUUUUGCGCGGGCGGCAGCUGCGCCGACGUGAUGAAGCCAGGGCUCAUUGGCGAAGACUACAUUGCCAUUAUCGUCCGGGAGCUGCUGAUGGGGCUGGACUACUUGCACUCGGACAAGAAGCUGCACAGGGACAUCAAGGCGGCCAACGUCUUGCUCAGCGCUGGUGGCCAGGUCAAGCUGGCCGACUUUGGCGUCUCGGGUCAGCUCUCGGCGACCAUGACCAAGAAGAACACGUUUGUGGGCACGCCAUUUUGGAUGGCGCCCGAGGUCAUCAAACAGUCCGGCUACGAUCACAAGGCCGACAUCUGGUCGCUGGGCAUCACCGCCCUGGAGCUGGCAAACGGCGAGCCGCCCUACGCCGACAUCCACCCGAUGAAGGUGCUCUUCCUCAUCCCUAAGAAUCCGGCACCCAGGCUAGAGGGCAACUUCACCAAGGCCUUCAAGGACUUUGUCGAGCUCUGCCUGCAGCGCGACCCCAAGGACCGGCCGACGGCGCGGGACAUGCUCCGACACCCGUUUAUCAGAAAGGCCAAGAAGACGACGUACCUCACCGAGCUGAUUGAGCGCCACAGCCGCUGGGCGCUGACGCACAAGGGCGAGGACGAGGACAACUGGGACGCGGUCGACGGCGGGGCGCCCACGGAGCGCGAAAAGGUGGACGAGGACAUGUGGGACUUUGGCACGGUGCGGCUCGUCGGCGAUAGAGGCGGCCUGGUCAGCCGGCCAGGGCUCAACGCUAUGGACGAGAGCGCGACGAAUGCCCGGUCUGUACGCCGGCCAGACGGCUCAGACGAGACGGAUGAGAGGCGACGCGACGCGAGCCCGUCCAAGGCGCGAGACUUUGCCUUACAACCAAGCGACACCCUGAAGGCGGCGAACCAAGGCACAUCUCGGCAGACGAGUCCGCAGCGGAAGCCCAUAGCGCCGGGCAUCACGUCACCCACCAAGGUGCCGCUCCCAGCGAGCCCGAUGAAGAUGGCGGCACGGGACGGGCCCGAGACGCCGACUAGAGGCGCGGCGCACAAGCCCCUGCCACGGCAGCCGACAGGACAAUCUCCAGACUACGACCGGGAGCUCCAGGCCCAGUUACAGCGUGAUAUGGGAAUGCUGAACCUGGCCUUGGAGCCGACCCCGACGGCGUCGCCAACUGGCGCGGCACAGAUGUCGAUGGCAUCGGAGAGGCCGAUCCCGCCACCGCACAACAACAACACCCCGUCUCGGUCGCCCAGUGGGCGGACGCCGGUCAUGACUAUUCCUGAAAUACCGCCAUACAGGGGCCCUGCGCAGCAACGGGUGGUAUCACAGCAAGCCGUCGGGCAGCGGGCGUUGAGUGGGAUGAACCUGCCGCCGCCACCGCAGUCACAGUCGCCGGCCCCGUCAGAGGCGUCUGCAGGUCCAUCAUCGUUCCCGUCGCCGGCGCCGGCGAACCCCAACGGAGAGCUGGACGCGCUCAACGACGUGAUAUUCCCGGCGCUGGAGGAGGCGCUCAAGAGGCGGCAGGCCCGGCUGCAGCAGGCAUAUGCGUUUAGACCAAACCAGGCGCCGGCCGGCAUGGCGGCGAGGCAGCAGCGCGCCGAGGCGUCUCACGAGAAGCUGCGCAAGCUGGUGUAUAAGCUGGCGCACGUAUGCAAGGAGAUCGAUACGUGCGACAAGGCGGAGCCGGUCGGCAUGGGGCGCGACGUGGGCAGCUUCCUCGAGGGCCUGCUGGAGGAGAUUUUGGUGCGCGUCGAGCCUCUAGACGAGGAGGAGGGCGCUUGA